GAUUGAUUAUUGGUUAUUUUAUCUGAAAGAAUUCUAAAUGGCAGUAAGUUGCAGCGCCUUUAGUUUUUGUGUACCGUUAAUAUACACAUACAUGGUCGUAAGGGUGAAGAGGGGGUUGUGCUUAUGGACAGUAAAAGGCUUGUUCUGUCUCUGGUGUAUAACAUUAGGAACCUUUUUGAAUGAAAAGGACACAAAUAACGCUUGUUUUGCUGAUACUGUGAGCGGUGACCCCUGGGUCACUAGCACACUGUGGUGUUUUGAUGAACAUGUGAAAACUGGACAACAAUAACUCAUCAUCACACUGUGGUCCGUCGCUAUACAUAACCAGAUCUGUGUUAUAAAACCUAUUUGGAUGACAAUACUUUAUGCUGUGCCAUCACACAGCUACUUAAUAUAAAAGGACAGCGGCGUGGAGAGUGUCUAUUGAGCGCCAGUCUGGCCCCCACUAAUGUAACAAUGGGAAAGAUCAUAUUCUACGAGGACAGAAAUUUCCAGGGUCGGCACCAUGAGUGCGUGAGCGACUGUGCUGACCUGCACGCCUACUUCAACCGCUGCAACUCCAUCCGGGUGGAGAGCGGCUGUUUCAUGGUGUAUGAAAGGCCCCACUAUUUGGGCCACCAGUACUUCCUUCGCAGGGGGGAGUACUCCGACAACCAGCGCAUGAUUGGCAUCAACGACUGCAUCCGCUCCUGCCGCAUGAUUCCCAUGCACCGUGGUUCCUACAAAAUAAGAUUGUAUGAGCGUCCAGAUAUGGGCGGCCAAAUGCAGGAGGUGAGCGACGACUGCCCCAACGUCCAGGACCGCCUGCGUAUGUCUGACAUUAACUCAUGCAAUGUGGUUGACGGCCACUGGCUGAUGUAUGACCAGCCCAACUACAGGGGAAGACCCUACUACCUGAGACCUGGCGAAUACCGCAGAUACAGUGACUGGGGCGGCGCCAGUCCAAGGAUCGGCUCACUCAGGCGAAUCACUGACUUCAACUAGAAGUCUUUUGAACCUUCUUCCUCUCUCUGUUCUCAAUAAACACUCUGGGCUUUAACUGUGUGCAUGUGUCUCUUUUUUUUAAAAGAUGUGAAGAUGGUAUGUCUCCACCAUGUUUGUUUUUUUAGCAUGAGUUUUGGUCCCUUUCCUGAAAUAUUUGAUCCACUCAUGAAAUUUUAGUAUGGCUUACAACAGUUUAGUUGUGCACCAUUGG